GCCAUGUCACUUUCAGUCCGCACCUCUGGGAUGUGCAGGAGGUCAUCCUCUCAGAACGGGGCGGCAGGCAGACCGUGGGGUGUAUCUGCUUCUGGUUUUGCCAGCGGCUACGGGGGAACAAGCUCCGGCUCUGGAGUUGGCUGUGGGGGACUCUUUUCUGCUGCUUCCAUGUUUGGGUCUAGUUCUGGCUUUAGUGGUGGCUCUGUAGGAGGCUUGCCAGGGCUUGGUGCUGCCUAUGGGGGGCCUUUGGGGGGUGGCUUGGGAGGGCUGGGGAUGGGGAUAGGAGGUGGCUCCCUGUGCCUCCUCUCUGGCAAUAAUGGGGGGCUUCUUUCUGGUUCUGAAAAAGAAACCAUGCAAAACCUGAAUGAUAGACUAGCUUCUUACCUGGGUAAGGUUCGUGCCCUAGAGGAGGCGAAUGCGGAACUGGAAAAUAAGAUUCGAGAGUGGUACGAAACGCAAAGGCCUGGAGACGCUGGGUCCCAGAGUGACUAUAGCAAAUACUACCCACUAAUUGAAGACCUCAAGAAUAAGAUCAUUUCUGCCAGCGUUGGAAAUGCCCAGAUCGUCUUGCAGAUUGACAACGCAAGGCUGGCUGCCGAGGACUUCAGGAUGAAGUAUGAGAACGAGCUGGCCCUGCGCCAGACCGUGGAGGCCGACAUCAGCAGGCUGCGCCAGGUGCUGGAUGAGCUGACCCUGGCCAGAGCCGACCUGGAGGCCCAGACCGAGAACCUGACUGAGGAGCUGGCCUACAUGAAGAAGAACCAUGAGGAGGAACUCAAAAGUUUCCAGGCAGGUGGUCCAGGUGAGGUCAAGGUAGAAAUGGACGCUGCCCCUGGAGUGGACCUCACCAAGAUCCUCAAUGAAAUGAGAGCCCAGUAUGAAGCCUUGGCUGACCAAAACCGCAAAGACGCAGAGGCCUGGUUCCUUGAAAAGAGCGGAGAGCUCAGGAAAGAGAUCAGCAGCAACACAGAGCUGCUUCAGUCCAGCAAGAGCGAGAUCACCGACCUGAAGCGCUUGCUGCAGAACCUGGAGAUUGAGCUCCAGUCCCAGCUUGCCAUGAAGGCGUCCCUGGAGGCGUCGCUGGCUGAAACGGAGGGCGGUUACUGCUGCCAGCUGUCUCAGGUACAGCAGCUUAUAGGCGGCCUGGAGGAGCAAAUCCAGCAGGUGCGGGCUGAUGCGGAGUGCCAGAACGCCGACCACCAACGCCUGCUGGGAGUCAAGGCCCGCCUGGAGAUGGAGAUUGAGACCUACCGCCAACUGCUGGACGGGCUUGGCCAAGGCGAUGGUUUUGAUGAAAGCUUAUCGCCCGGUGUCUUCAAAUCUCAGACACCAUCGGUUGAUUCCUCUAAAGACCCAAAUAAAACUCGAAAAAUCAAGACAAUUGUGCAGGAAAUAGUGGAUGGCAAAGUGCUCUCUUCCCAAGUUCAGGAACUUGAAGAGGCAGUUUAA